UUGACGUGAUUUUUUUGAUGUUUGACGUUUAAAUCGAUAUUGCCUACACAGUUUUUGAGAAAGACCGUGUCUAGUCGUCUGGAAACCGUAUGAAUAAGGUUAUGUUACCAAAACAGCGCUAAACUGCUACAUAUCCGGGCGAAUAAUAUGCAUUUAUUCUUCCAGAUGACAUCGAUGCGACGACAAAAAAUAAUGUAAUCGAAUCAAGUAUAGUAGCGGGAAAUAUUCAUAGAGAAAUUGUUAACUGCAUGUAGCGAAAAAUGAAAAUGCGUGGAAUAAAUUUAACAAAAGCAGUGACACAUUAUGAAAGUACACACUUUUCUUUAAACGCAUUGUCUGAUCGUCCGGUUACCGUAUAUUUAGCAUUAGCCUAUUCGUCCGGAUUAUAUAUUGCUGCUGAGAACUUUUGUCGUGUGUACUUUCGUAAUCCGUAGUCCGGACCAUCCGGACUUGUAGCAGUUUAGCCUGAGUUCUUUGGUUUAGCGCUGUUUUCAUAACAUAACCUUAUUCAUACGAUUUCCAGACGACUAGACAUAGUACGUCUUCUUUAAACUAUAAUAAUUGUAUCGUUCGAUUAUUUAUACUUGUUCCGUUAUUUAUAACCUAAAAUAUAAAAAUGGCAUAAGUUUGAACUUUUUAUUUAAUUAAACUGCAAUUUCCGUUGAGUGAAUCGUUAUAUUAACAAAAAAAAGUUCCAAGUUCCAUUGAGUCAUUAGGUGGACCUUCAAAUUCUCCCGAGCAAUGUCGAGAUGUCCUUUUUUGUUGUCUCUGAGCUUUGUGUUUCAGCAACAAUUUAACGAAACUCUGAGAAACGGUAAGAUGAAGAGGGGUUUGACAUCAAUUGUUACGCAAAUCGACACGAACUCCACCAUCACCUCUCAAAAGCGAAAGUGCUGAAACUCCUUGUAGUGUUUAAAUCCCGGAAGCGUUUUCAGCGCCCGCGGCAAUCUUUCGUAACAAGUGUGGCUUACUGAGACCGAGGACCGAGCUCCCAGUUGACUCUGGACUACCGAAUUAUGCGUAGCUCCGAAAUAAACCUAUCGCUGUACAAUUAAAUCGUAAUUUACACAUAUGUACAUACUCUGACGCUAAUAAUAAAGAUUUCCCAUUGCUACUCAUAAAGACGGGAUCUCCUUAUCUUUGUUCCCCCCUCAAAACAUUACAUUGGCGACGAGGAUAAAAGUGAGGGUAAAAACUGAAAUUGCCGAAUAAAUAGUGGAUUUUGGGGGUAACACGUGCCACAAUGAGCGAUCCGCCAUCGAAGAAAGAACUCGAAAAAGAGCGGAAAAUUCUCGAGGAAAAACGUAAAGAACUGGAGGAGAAAUGGACUCAACUACAGCGAUUUCAAGCACAAGUCACCCAAGAGCAACAACAAUGGGCAGCGGAGAGACAAUCGCAACGGGAAGCAUCAAAUGUCGCACCUCGUGAAACAAGGCAAACAAUCUACACUUCGAGGAUUGGAAAGAUGAAGGAGUUCAAUCUACAGGAGGAAUGGGCCUUAUGGGCGGAAAGGUUAGAACAAUAUUUUAUUGCUAACGAUAUCCCGGAAGCGAAGAAAGUCUCGCUAUUUUUAACAUUGCUGGGCAGCGAAGGGUAUGCAUUACUGAGCAGUCUAUGUACACCGGUUAAACCAGCUACAAAAACUUUUGCUGAGUUAACUACUUUAAUAAAAAAUCAUCUUCAGCCCAAGCCCAGCAUUAUUACGGAGCGAUAUAAAUUCAAAGAGUGUAAGCAGAAAAACGGUGAAGACAUUAAAACCUAUCUGGCCAAUCUAAAAAAAUUGUCGGCAAAUUGUGAAUUUGGACAAAAUUUGAACUCUCAUCUUCGAGACCAAUUCGUAUGGGGGUUGCGGACGGACUCGAUUAAAAAAAGACUACUGGGUGAAAGCGAUUUAACAUUUGCGCGGGCAAUGGAGCUGGCGCAAUCAUUGGAGAUGGCAUCGAGGGACGUUGCGGAAAUGGGCUCAACAUCGUCAAAGAGCCCGCAAGAUUCAAUCAACUUCGUGGGAGCAAGAAACUCAAGGCUAACAAGUGAAAAAGAAGUCAACAAGGGGAUUCUUCGGUGCUAUCAUUGUGGAGGUACGCGGCAUACUUUUUCUACGUGCAAAUUUAAAGACUCUAGUUGUAAUAAGUGCCAUAAGAAGGGUCACUUGGCACGUGUGUGUAACCAAAACAAAAACAAAGAGAUUAAGUCGAGAAGCGGUAAUAAACAGAAGCUAGAGGAUAAUAAUCAAAAUUAUAUAGACGAUUUCGAGAGUGACAACGAUAGUUUUGAUAAUCUAUUUCACCUCGGCCAAGGGAAUAAAGCUGAAAAACAAACAUUUGAUGAAAUAUUAAGUAUGAGGCCGUGUGAGGUAGAAAUAGAGGUAGGAAAAACAAAAAUUAACUUUCAACUGGAUACGGGAUCAGACGUAGCAGUGAUCUCGGAAAAAGAUUAUCGGAAAAAUAAAAAUUUGCUAUUGUUGUCACUCAAAAGCACGAAACGAUGUUUCAAGUCGCAUCCGGGUGAUAUAAUUGUGCCAAAAGGGGUUUUAAGCGUCAAAGUUAAAUUUAGAGAAAUUGAAAGGAAAUUGGAAUUAUUUGUCCUACCGGGGGAGGGACCCCCUCUGGUCGGUCGUACAUGGAUUCGCGAAUUGGCUUUGCCAGUAACAGAGAUAAUCAACGGGGGGGAUAAUUCAAACAUUGAUUGGUUAUCCAAUUCGAAUCGUAACGAUAUAGAUAAUAUUAUUAAAGAAUUUGCCCCAGUUUUCGCAGAGAAGCUUGGGAAAUAUUCAAAGAAAGAAAUCCAGCUUCAUCUUAAAGAAAAUGCCAACCAAAUUUUUUGUAAGCCGAGGGCGUUGCCGUACGCACUUAAAGACAAAGUGGAAAAAGAGUUGGACCGUUUAGUUAAAGAAGAGAUUCUGGAGCCCGUAGAAAAUAGUGAAUGGGCUACUCCAAUUGUUCCGGUCCUUAAAAAUAAUGGGCAAUUGCGGCUCUGCGGGGAUUAUAAAAUCACGGUCAAUCCUAAUAUUAAAAUUGAUCGUUACCCGAUUCCAAGGGUACAGGACCUUUUAUCAAGCCUAAAUGGGGGAAAAAUUUUCUCCAAAAUUGAUCUUUCGCAAGCAUAUCAACAGCUUGUUUUAGACGAGCGAUCAAGGAAAUUGGUCACGAUAUCCACCCACAAGGGCCUCUUUGCAUAUAAAAGGCUGUGUUACGGAGUGUCCUCGGCACCGGGCAUUUUUCAACGAGAAAUGGAACAACUAUUAAAAAACCUGGAUGGAGUCAUUUGUUUUUUCGACGACAUUCUCAUUACGGGCCAAACGAAAGAAAUUCAUAACGAAAGGCUGAAAGAAGUUUUAAAAAGAUUAAAUGAGAAUGGAUUAACGCUAAAAAAAGAGAAAUGUAAAUUCGGUAAAAAUAGCGUAGAAUUUUUGGGCUAUGUUUUAGAUAGCGAAGGCACACAUGUGUCUAAAGGAAGAGUUAAAGCGGUAGUUGAAGCACCAGUUCCGACAAAUCUGAUGGAGUUACGAGCAUUCUUGGAAAUGAUGAAUUAUUAUGCUAAAUUUAUUAAAAAUUAUGCGAGAAUUGUUAACCCGCUUUAUCAUUUAUUGCAGAAAAACGUGAAAUGGAAUUGGAACGACGAUUGUGAGGCCGCGUUUGGGGCCGCAAAAAGGAGCCUGACGGAGUCUAAUGUCCUUGUACAUUAUAACCCCGAGUUGCCAAUUAAGCUAACUUGUGAUGCGUCUCCAGUAGGCCUUGGGGCAGUUUUGUCACACGUUUUUCCAAAUGGAGUUGAAAGACCGAUAGCUUUCGCCUCAAGGUCACUAUCGAAAGCCGAGAGAAAUUACUCACAAUUGGACAAAGAGGCUUUGAGUCUCAUUUUUGGUGUAAAAAAAUUUCACCAAUUUAUAUAUGGUCGCGCUUUUACGCUGGAGACGGAUCACAAGCCUCUGGUUUAUAUUUUUGGCUCCAAGCGCGGAUUGCCUCAAAUGUCGGCAAACCGCGUUCAGAGAUGGGCAGUGUUUCUAUCAGCCUAUGAGUUUGAGAUAAAAUACAUUAAGGGGAUCGAUAAUGCUAAAGCCGAUAGCUUAUCGAGACUCCCUCUACCGUUGAAAAGUAUGGAGGGACUCGAAAAUUCCCCAAGUGAAUACUCGUAUCUUCAUUACGUCGCAGAAAACAUGGGUAUUAUCGAUCAUAAAUUGGUGUGUAAAAAAACGGAGUCGGACCGGACUUUAAAUAAAGUUAAAAACUUUGUCUGUAACGGGUGGCCGGAAAAGGUUGACGAGAGCCUAAGGAAAUAUAAAGCAAAAGAGAAUGAACUGACAGUCGAGAAUGGUUGCUUGAUGUGGGGCUAUCGGGUGAUCAUUCCAGAGGAUUUACGUAAGAAUUUAUUGAAAGAACUGCACGAUUCGCAUUUGGGAGUUGUUAAAAUGAAAUCGGUCGCCAGAUCAUAUAUUUGGUGGCCUGGAAUUGAUAACGAAAUUGAGAACGUCGUAAAAUCAUGCGAGUGGUGUUUGGAAGCAGCCGACAACCCUCCUAAAGCAGCAUUACACUCGUGGAAGUGGCCCGAUGGCCCGAACAUUAGGUUACAUGCAGACUUCUUAGGCCCAAUUGACGGGAAAAUGUUUAUUGUAAUUGUUGACGCGUUUUCGAAGUGGUUAGACGUUAAAGAAAUGCGGAAUAUAACAACAGAUACCACUAUUAAAGCUCUGAAAGAAUACUUUUCUACAUGGGGGAUUCCAAUGUCAGUGGUGACCGAUAACGGGCCGAGUUUCUGUUCAAGCGACUUUGAAAACUUUUUGACAGAAUAUGGCGUGAGACACAUUCGAACUGCGCCAUACCACCCAGCUUCAAAUGGUGCGGCGGAGAAUGCGGUCCGGACUUUCAAAAAAAAAUUUAAGAUACUGAUAAAAGAAGGAAAUACUUCCCACCAAGCAUUAUGUAAAUUUCUUUUUAGUUAUCGAGCAACUCCGCAUUGUACCACCGAAUAUAGCCCGGCGGAACUCCAAAUUGGGAGAAAAUUCAGGACGAAACUAGAUUUAAUAAAACCGACGUUGCGUAGCACAGUGGAAAAAAAUCAGUAUAAUCAACAACGAUUUCAUAGAGGAAAUCGAAAAACGGAAUUUGUGAGAGACGAAAUUGUGAUGGUCAAAGAUGCAUUUAAGAAUAAGUGGCUGAAAUCGCGUAUUAUAGACCGUCUUUCCCCGGUCACUUACAGUGUGGAAACAAGUGAAGGGAAAAAGGGGAAACGGCAUGCAGACCAACUUCUUGCGUGUAAACCGGAAUAUCGGGAAGGGAAUUCUAAGAGUACGGAGGGUUCGCCUUUAACAGUUUCAACACAUGAAACUUGCCAGUCUAAAUCUAAUAAUGAAAUUAGUGAAGAAAUUGAGAAUAAUGAGGAAAACCAGGGGGGCAACAUAAAGGUCGAAAGCGAGAGCAAACCACGUUACGUGGAUCUAUGUAUACCUCGUCGAUCGACGAGAGUUCCGAAACCUCGAAAAAUCUUAGAUCUGUGAAGGGUAACAUAACAGCUACAUUGCGUGUGUAAGCGUAUGUUACGUCCUAGGGUCUACCCCCUCGUCGACGACUAACUACGACUUUCGAAAUCAAUCCCGAAGCCCAUACUAUAGAUAUAUAAAUUUUAUUGUGCACACUUACAUAUACAUAUACAUACGCAUACAUACAUAUACUUGUACGCACAGAGAUGUGCACGCUCUUCGAGUUCGAACCGGCGAAGACACUUGAGAGUGGCCGCUAUUGAAUUCGUAAACGAAAGGGAAGGAAAGAGAUAUGCCUACUUGCUAUUUAGCCCCGUGGUAACAAGAGCACCACGUGGCUCACCGCCGCGCUCGCAUCCGUUGAGAAUAUCCGAUACACAACGGCUCGCGAGAUGAAGUCAUCACAAUUUCUUUCUCACGCGAGCGGAGAAGUGUUUUGCUGAUCACCCUUAUCAGCAAAAGUCUCCAGACGAUAUCCGAUAGCUUCAUCCGGUGCUGGCGCGAUCUCACGAGCGCGGUACGACCUCCUGAAAAAAUUAACUCUCGUAUACUUACGAUAAUCAGUUUCGGUAAUAGCCCAUUUACGAAAUAUCCGCUCCACGAAUUCCUACCUGCAAUAUUCGGUCCCCCGUACCGCGGUCGUGGAUACCGUCGAGGGCCACGCCCGCAAACCUGUACGCUCGAGAUCCGUACAUAGAAAAUUGUAACCAGCUAGACCUACACUCGAUCGUCAAACAUUUUCACUCGCUUCAUCUCUUUAGAACUCGGAAGGUCAUCACCCCGCAACAAUCAGCUGUCAAAUCAACGACCAAUUAACCAAGGUUAGUUGAUCGUUGAUAUUCCAAUAAACGAACAUGGUACGCGCCGUAAUUAUAAAAAGAGUAAAAAUAAGGGUAAUCGAUGGAUAACUAAUUCCUAUUAUAUAUCCAACGAUUUCAACGGGAAUACAGGGGUAUUUCUCCAUAACGCAAGAUAAAAAAAAUUAAGCGAGCGAAAGACUACAAUCUAUAGAAAAAGUAAAGUAUAUGGAGCGCAACAUUGUACCUACGCUCGAGAAGUCACUCCCGAAGACGGCCGCUUAUCUGAAGGAAUCGUAUUACACCCUCGAGUCGCGCGACGCACGUAUGUGCGCGCGUGUGUGUCAACCAUGGCCAAAACUGCUUAGUUGCAAUCACGUCAUUUUUCUCUCUCUCGGGGUGCCUUCUCGGGGUGUUUAUUUAAGAGCGCAAGAUUGUAACGCGCUCAGUUCUCGAUCUCUCAUCAGUCCACUGCGUCUCUCAAUCCGAGGAGGACCUUUGUAAAACGUCGCAAGGCUAAAAUCGUCACUUUUUCUGUAAACCAUUUGUUAACCCUUUACGGAGAUACUUCCGUGCUCGUUUUUAUUCACAAUAAACUACAAGUGUGCACAUCAUA